AUGCUGUUGACUGAAGCUCAUCUUGAGACUCCGCAGGCCUUUGGUGCAGCAUUCAUCCUCGGAGUACUCGUGCAUAUCUUUGUUUUCCGUCACGGAGAAUGGGAUCUUUGGACUGUCAAGCUUAUCAAGGCAUGGGCAACGUAUGAGGUCACGGUCUCAUUGUUCCUCACCCAAAUCUACUCGUUCUCAGUCUGGCAAGCUUUAUCGGUGACCAACAAAUGGUUUGCCUCAUUUACUACCGGGAUCACGGUCAGUUUGCUAGCAUAUCGAGCUUUCUUCCACCGCUUGAAUCGCUUCCCCGGGCCAUUUCUCGCGCGCCUCUCCGCUUUCUAUCCUACUUAUCUUGCAGUUGAUGAAGAGCAUAUGUAUCUCGAAGUGCAGAAGCUCCAUGAGAAGUAUGGAGAUAUUGUGAGAAUUGGGCCCACCGAGAUCUCAAUCGCGACACCAAGUUCGUUCCGUGUUAUUCACGCUACAGCAUCACCAGUAACAAAGUCGCCCUUUUACGGUAUUUCUCAUCCGUGGACCAAUCUUCUCGCCGAGAGACGGAAAAGACAACACGCCAACCGUCGCAAAGCCUGGGACAGGGCAUUCACGACAAAAGGCACAGUACUCCUUUGCCCUAUAGCAGACUAUGAAAUCUUACAAGAACUAGCCCUUAAAGACUAUGAGCACCGAGUCCUCAAGUACACUAAACUCCUCACCGAUCGCAUCGACGAUAUGAAAGGCAAACCAUUCAACGUAUCCGUAUGGGUCAACUUCUACACCUUCGACAUUAUGGGUGAUCUCGCCUUCGGCAAGAGUUUUAAUAUGCUCGAAAACGGCGUAGAACACGACUUCUUUAUAGAAUCUCACCAGACACAAGGCUUUAUGGGCGCAUUUCGACGACUUAUUUGGUUCUUCCCUCUUAUUGCGGCUAUACCAAUCCUGAACAAUCCGUAUCUGAAGUUCCAGGCUUUUAUCAGGAAUCAGGUCGAGACCCGACGAAAGAACCAACCCCAAGAACCAGAUGUUUUCACGUAUAUUCUGGAAGAUUAUGAUGCACUUGAGAAGCCAACGGAACAAGAUUAUAAUAACCUUUGUGGAGAUGCUCACUUAAUUAUCAUCGCUGGCAGUGAUACCACUUCUUCUUCUACCACAUGUCUCCUGUACCAUCUUGCACUGCACCCCGAUGUCCUGGCCAAACUCCGGGCCGAGAUUGACGAUUAUAAGAGCACUCACGAAGAAUCUGACCUCAUCUCGCUAGGUAAGCUACAGUAUCUACAAGCUUGUAUCGAUGAGUCUCUUCGUCUUUAUCCGGUUGUCCCGUCAGGUCUUCCAAGGAUGACACCGCCGAAAGGGAUGGAUAUUGAUGGUGUUUACAUCCCCGGAGAUACGAUCGUACAUAACCCUUCUUACACCAUGUACCGAGAUGAGCGUUGCUUUCAGAAGCCGAAUGAGUUUAUCCCUGAGCGAUGGACUACUAGGCCGGAGCUGAUCAAGGAUGCCUCCGUUUACGCUCCAUUCUCCACUGGCCGUGGUGUUUGUGCUGGAAAACAACUUGGUCUAAUGGAGAUGCGUUACGUCCUUAUGGAUAUUCUCUCACGAUACGAUAUUGCUUUCGCACCGGGAACGAAUCCCCAGGCUUUCAUUGAUGGCUUGAGAGAUUGUUACACUCUGGAGCUGCCAAAACUGGAUAUGGUGUUCACCCCAAGAGCCGGGGCCAAGGUUGAAGGGUAA